AUGAGUUGCAGCAGCAGAAACAGCAACAAGAUGGCAUCCGCCUCCGACCUCAUUAGCCGCAUUGAUUCUUCCCUAGGUGAUCUGCAGGGCAUGGUGAAAGCAAUGGGUCCUCAAGUAGAUUCCGAUCUCAACUUCAUCAUAUUUGCGCUGACAAGUUUGAAAAUAUUUCUUCUUUCAGCCAAAAAACUAGGCAAUGAUCAGAGUGUUCUUGUACCUUUCCUGCAAAAGCUGGAAGGUGUUGUUUCCAGAUUGGAAAAGUGGUUUCACAUCGUACGCACCUUCUUGUCUGAUGCAGAUGAUCACGGCCAGUUUGACGACGUUGAUGAUUUGGAUAUAGAUUUUCAAUCUUUGGGGGAACAAAUUAGUCAUUUGUACGACGCUCUCUUUGAUCCCUCCAGGCAAUCACAACCUCUUACAGGUGUUGACGUUGGUAUUAUGUUUGCUUCUGCAAUGAAGAAUCUAUGGUUGUUCCAUAGUUUGGAGUGGGACGUUAACGUCGAAACUCUUGAAGAACCCAUGAAAGCCUUAGAAGAGCAGAUCCUGUUCCUGGAAAACCUCCGACUCUUUGCCUUUAAGUCAGCUGAGCCUGAGUCUAACAAAGCUGAUGAAGAUUUCUUGAUUCAUCUUGGAGCUGUUUCUGUCAAUGUUGCUUUUCUCAAUUUCAGGUGUCAAUCUGAAAACAUCCCUGAAAAGAGUUUUUCCGAACAGGUGCUCUUGUUCGUUUCCCAGUUGGUAGAAUACAUCAAACCAAUCCAUCCUCGGGUCUAUAAUGCUUACACUGCGAUCUUGAGAAGCUCAAAGUCAUGGCGAAGAUUACUCGCUCCUGCUGAUCGAGACAUGGACCAAGAGGACAGUCUCGCAAAGGGGUUCCUUGAUUCUCUCAGGUCUAAUCUCUCGGAGAUGCUACUACUUCUGGAAUCUGAAGAUGUGGUCUCUGGAAAUGAUCAACUUUGGGGUGUGGUCUCUUCUAUGAAAGAUCAACUCCAAGAGCUUUAUCAAGGCCUUGGAUCCUUAACAACCAUUCUCUCCCACAAGCCAACAAACGACUUUGAUUUGAAUGCUAAAGACCGCUUCUUUGAUGUUGUAUGCGAUGCCGGAAUCUUGAUUUGUUCCUUGUACCAGACACAGGUUCAACUAGAUCACGAUCUCUGGCAUUUGUUGGAAGCAAUCAGGCGUAUUAUUGCAGAGUUUGGGAAGAAAGCUGCAUCAGGGCUGGACUUUGAGGUCCAGACACUAGAAGCCAAAAUGAAGGGAGUAACCAUGGCUCAUCAUCAUCAUCAUGUGCCGUCUCAAAGAACUCUCUCAUCUGAUAAUGAGAUUGUUGGUUAUGUUGAAGAGGUGGAAUCAAUUAAAAAUCAGCUGACGAGAGGAUCAAAGCAAGUACGCAUUGUAUCCAUUGUGGGUAUGCCAGGACAAGGUAAAACUACUCUGGCUGCAAGAGUUUACAAUGAUCCUUCUAUUUUGCUACAUUUCUCCGCGCGUGCAUGGACAUCUGUGUCACAAGUAGUGGACAAAAGUAGAGUCCUCCUUGACCUCUUAGGUCAAAUUGAUCCCGAUAAAUGUUCUGGGAUCAUUUCUGAUCACGAUUUAGUGCAGAAGGUGUGGCGCAGUUUAAAAGGAAAGAAAUAUCUCAUCUUUUUGGAUGACAUAUGGGAAGCUGAAGCAUGGAGUAGCUUGAAAGAGGCAUUCCCGGAGGAUCAUACAGCAAGCAGAAUUAUGUUCACAAGCCGUCACCAUGAUGUUGCUCCCAGUGAAGAAGCUCAUGAACUUCGAGCUUUCAGUGAAGAAGAGAGCAUGGAUUUACUACAGAGAAAGUUGUUUGGGGGAAGUAGUUGGCCCGAUGAAUUAGUUGAUCUUGGGAGGAAAAUUGCUCAAAUUUGCAAGGGAUUACCUCUAACAAUUCUUAUUGUAGCUGGCAUUCUAGCAACCGUAGAGCCAAAUGGUUGGAAGAAGAUUCUGCGAGGUUUAGGAUCAGGUACUGUCUCCAGUACAGAACAAUGCAGGAACACACUAGAGCUGAGCUACAGCCAUUUACCGGAGCAUUUAAGGCCCUGCCUUCUCUACUUGGCGACAUUUCCAGAAGAUAAAGAGGUUUCUGUCAAGAGGUUAUUUCAACUAUGGAUAGCCGAAGGAUUGGUUCAGAAAGAUGAGACGGAACAUUUUGAAGAUGUUGCUGAAGAAUACUUGAAACAUUUGGUUGGUAGAAGUUUAAUUUCAGUUGCCAAACAAAAGUCCACCGGUGGAGUGAAAGCCUGCCGCAUCCAUGACUUGCUUCAUGAAUUUUGCUUGCAUAAAGCCAAAGAUGAAUGGUUUUUCUCUAUUCUACCAGACAUGGAUAAGGUUUUGGAAUUUCAUGCGCCAGACUGCCUUCGGAGGUUAUGCAUUAACUCUGAUCCGAAACACCUCAGAAUGUCCAAUACAUCCUUACAAUCUGUACGUUCUCUAAAUUUCAACUAUUAUGCACAACAGGUGCUGCCAAAUUUAACCUUCAUGUUUCACAUGUGCAAACUUCUCAAAGUUUUGGAUUUGGAGCAACUCAAUUUAGGUCUUGUAUUUCCAAGUGAAAUAGGACUGCUAGUGCAGUUGUCCUUCCUGGCAAUUCGAGGCAGUAUGCCGGACAUCCCAUUAUCAAUAGUAGCAGUCUAUCAACCAUUUCUAGAUUGUCAAAUCUAGAAGUCCUCAAAUUUGAAGAUGUGCACUUCAAAGGAAACACAUGGGAAAUGGAAGAAGCAGAAUUUUCCAAGCUUAGAAUCUUGCAAUUGUCAUCCUGGUGUCUAUUGUCGUGGACUGCUUCUGACGAUCAAUUUGACCUUCUUGAGAAGCUGGUGUUGGUGAGAUGUGGAAGUUUAAAAGAGGUGCCUUCUUGUCUAGACUAUAUUCCAACGCUUGAAGUGAUCGAGCUCAGGUAUUGUUCGAAGAAAGUAAUGGAAUUAGUGGGAAACAUUAAGGAAGCACAAGAGAACUACGGAAAUUCAGAGCUGAAGAUCAUUAAUGUCAAAUCAGGCUGAUUUUGUUGCAUCUAUUUAGGCUGGAUGUUGAACAAGUGAUGAUGUUUACCGUGGUUCCUUACUGGUAAUCUUUCAGUAUCAAUCAUUGAAUGCUUUCUUUUCUUUUUUAUUUUUCCUUGUACUCUUUGGAGUCAUUAGUUUUGAUGUAUUCAGAGGAAAGGCAGCAUGUCUUUCCAGAAGUAAUCUACAGUGCUAUACCUGUUAUGCAUUUCAUCCCAAUUUACGUCAAUGGAUGUUAUAUCUAGACUCAUGGGUUGCAAUAACAGAAGGCUUUUUCAGUUGGUAUCUGUUCACUAUUAAUUGUUUCCUUGUGGAUUAAAACAUUAGAAUCUCGAUAUACUUGGAUGCUAUAACGAGUGAUUUUGCUGUCUCAUUGCUUCACAUAUGUAUGACAGUUCCAUGCUGUUUUUUUCGAUGUAAAAGGAGGCUUAUAUUCAUGACUUGUUCCUAGGUUGGAAGGUUAUUUUUUUAUACUUCUCUCAAGCAUUAUUUUCUGACUUAUAAAUUAUUUUAAUUUUUUCCCCCUCAGAUCAUCCCUCGUGGUCUAUCCCAAUGACCAUUUUCAGUACUAAUGAUAUUUGAAGAUAUAGUUCCUUUGAUGGAUUUGAUUAUUGCUGCUGCUAAUUGCUCCAAUCAAUCAAGAAUCUCUUUCCUGCAGGUUUAGAUAUUGGUAAGUGUAAGUCAGAUUAUUGCUGCUUCAAACCUAGUUUGGAAGUAAACAUUAGAUAUCAAUGCAAGGGUUGCAAAAUAACAUGCCAAAGGUUAUCUCUCACAGUUCAAGUCUGUGCAGAGAAGCAGCGGAGGUUAGUUGAUAACUGGUGAAAGUAUGCUUCGUCUUCUCUUAAAGGUUAAAUAUAGUUGUAGUAUUUUGACCUCUUCAUCUUGUUUCGGUUUUAUUCCAGAAAUUAUGCUAUUAGUCAGUCUUCUUCUAGACCUUAAAAUGUGUUCAAUCUGCAACGAAUCUAGUUCAACACUGGGAACUGAUGUUGAUCGGACUAAUGUCAGAAGUAAAUGUUUUGAACCUUUCUGCAUGGACAUAGUUAUGAAACUGGGCGGUGGCUGUGUCCUGUCAAACCCAUAUGACAUGCUCGAUCAUUGUGGCUGCAGUGUCCUGUCUAGUUUUCUUAUUGUUGGCUCAUUUACAGUGUUCAUAUAGAACUUUAAUUUCACAAUACAAAAAUAUGAUAUGAGUUUAGUAGUUAAACUCAAAAUGGUUUCAAAUGAGAGUCUACUUUGUGAUAUGCCGCCAGGAUGCUGCUGCAGCGACUUGCUGUGUGCCUGAAUCUGGAUUUUUUCAUUGAGUUGUGAGCAAAUCGUUAUUUAUGCUUCAAAAUUCCUUUCUUUUGUUUAAGGUUCAGUCAUUUUUGAAAGUUCCAAUUGUUAGUAGGUGCAAUGUGACAAUUUGCUGCGCGUUUUGUUCAUCAGAUUUUCCGUAUAAUCUGCAUUCAAAAUCUUCAUACUCUAGUCUGGAACCAGCCGGUCGAAAUUAUUUGGAACAAUAAGUUUGCUACAAUCAUCAGGCUUUGAGGCAACAGAUCAAGCUCUCAAUCCUACAAAAACUACUAAUCUUUUUUUUUUUU